AUGGAGCGAAAAUACAAGCAGCUAAUGUCAAAUAAAUUGGCAAUUGUGAAUUUUUCAACAAAUACAAAGAAAACGGCGAAAAAUAAACAGACAAAAGGAUUUUUGCAAGCUCGAAAAUUAUUAUUGGAACAGUAUUGGACUAAAUUCAUAGAGAUUUAUCAACAACUAAUUUGCGAAUGGACCCAAGAACAACAAGCUGCUGCCGAAUUUACAAUAGCUGAGGACUACGAAAUCGUCGAACGUACAUAUGCUGAGACAAUGGGGGAGCUUAAUGAUAUUUUGGAAACUUCAGAUCCACCUCACGAAACGUUGACGGAAACAUCAUUUCAAGUACAACACGUUGGCCAAGCUCUGCCUCGUAUCAAAGUGCCUUCGUUCGAUGGAAAUUUCCUCCAGUGGAUUCCGUUUAAGGACUUAUUUAAUUCUCUCGUUAUAAGUAACACUGCGUUAACUAACACGCAGCGCUUACAGUACAUGAAAGAUAGCCUGACGGGCGAAGCUAAGAAUGCACUAGAUAAUAUUACAACGACUGAUGCUAAUUUUAAGAUCGCUUGGGAUCUACUGAAAUCAAAAUAUGAAAAUAAACGCGUUAUAAUUAAUGCACAUUUAACUGCUAUAACAAAGUUGCCUUCUGCUCAGAAGGAAUCUGCCUCCGCGCUGAGGAGUCUGCUUGACGGCGUAACAUCAUCGAUACGGGCGUUACAACAUCUUGGACGUCCCGUUGAGCAAUGGGACGAUUGGCUGAUUUUUACUAUCAUUCAUAAAUUGGAUCCCAUUACUCGAAAGGCAUGGGAGCUUUCCCUUAAAUCAAACGACAGCGUUCCGACAUUCAGGGAGCUAGAAGAGUUCCUUGCCAGCCGAACUCAGUCCCUAGAGAUAGUCCAGAGCUUCACUGAAGAUAAACCUCAUCCCUCUAGUAAAAGGGUUAACAACUUGCACGGUGUGUCUGGAUAUCAUACUACCUCAAGCCGUUGCUCUAGCUGUUCCGGUAAACACUUCAUUAUGUUCUGUGGGGACUUUCUCAAAUUGUCGCCUAAUGAACGAUACCAAUGUAUACUGAAGCGUAAGUUAUGCAUUAAUUGCCUCAGAAGUGGACAUCAACAAUCCUGUUGUACUUCUGCUCGACGGUGUUAUACCUGUAAUGCCAAACAUCACACAAUGCUUCACGAAUAUUUUGCUUCAACCACGGCUAAUAGCAGCACGAAUCCGGUGUCAUCACAUCAUGUAAGUCAAACAAAUUAUAAAUUUUCGAUUCCUCAAGUGAUACUUGGUACAGCAUUGGUUGAAGUGCGAUCUGAGUGUGGUCACGUAAUUGUAUUGCGGGCUUUACUCGACAGUGGUGCAGAGGCAACAUUCAUAAGCGAAUAUGCAGUGAACUCACUCUGCCUGCCACAAUCGAAUGUUAAAGUGUCCAUUAAUGGUGCUAGUGGUAGUAGAGUCGCAACUGCCAAAGGACUAGUUACCUUCUCACUACAUUCUCUAAAGAGUGACUUCAACAUGCCAUGCACAGCCCUAGUGCUACCUCGAGUAGGCAACAUCACUCCAACAUUGAGUAUUUCAACCAAUGAACUUCUGCAUUUUAAGGAUCUAGAUCUAGCAGAUCCUAAGCUUACUAUUCCGAAAUCCAUUGACAUAAUUCUCAACGCCGAAAAUUACGCCGCUGUGUUACUAAGUGGUAUACGUCGCAGCUGUCAUAACAAUCUGGUCGCUCAAAACACACAGCUGGGUUGGGUGGUCUUUGGAGGAUGCCAGGACCAUGCUCUAGUCACCCCGAAGAAUUUCGUCGAGUGUCACAACGCUCAAAUUGAUCUCGAUCGAACUCUUCGUCGUUUCUGGGAAUUAGAGGAGCUAAAUUCGGCGACUAGCCUUACUGAAGAGGAGCGUUUCGUCGAAGAGUAUUUUCAAAACACAACAUGUCGAAGGAAGGAUGGGCGUUACAUAGUACGCCUGCCUAUUAAACGUGACGUUGACUUGAAACAACUCAUCACUACCCAAUGUGAUGCAGUUGCCCUACAUGGAAACUUGCAAAGGCGCCUAUCUCGAGAUGCAUCUAUGCGAACUAUGUAUACAGAUUUUAUGUAUGAGUAUUUGUCGCUGAAGCAUAUGCAACUCAUCACUGGUAACAUAAACUGCUUAUCACCUGUUUGUUAUCUGCCACACCAUGGGGUUUUGAAGGCUUCGAGUACAACAACGAAACUACGCGUCGUAUUCAAUGCUUCGAAGAAAUGCAGCUCGGGUAAAUCGCUAAAUGACUGUUUAUAUCCUGGUCCUAAGUUGCAGAACGACCUAACAGCGGUUGUGAUGAACUGGCGCCGAUAUCAGGUCGCUCUCACAGGCGAUAUCACUAAGAUGUAUCGGCAAAUCUUGGUUGAUGAACGAGAUGCAGAUCUGCAGCGUAUCGUAUGGAGUCCAACGAAGCAUGAACAUCCAUCGCAUUAUCGAUUAAAUACCGUUACGUAUGGCACCAGCUGUGCGCCUUACCUCGCGAUCAAAGUGCUGCACACUUUGGCAUCAGACGAAAAAUGCAAUUUCCCAGAAGCCACUCAGAUACUACGACAUGAAUUCUACGUUGAUGAUGUUUUGACAGGUGCUGACAACGUUGCCGAUGCGUGCAGACGCCGAAGCGAGCUGCAGACUUUACUUCAAGCAGGAGGGUUCACGUUAUGUAAGUGGAACUCUAAUUCAACCGAAAUUUUGCAAACAAUUAAUCCAACUCAUCUCGAAUUUAAAACUUCACAUGAAUUUCAAAUGGACGAGCAGUCCAAUACAUUGGGUCUAGUAUGGACCCCCAAAUCAGAUUGUCUGACUUUUACGUUAAAGCUUGAUUAUACUAUUACUACCUUCACGAAACGUCAAUUAUUAUCUGAUAUUGCUAAGCUAUUUGAUCCACUAGGGUUUUUAGCUCCUAUUAUAAUCCGAGGCAAGAUCUUUAUGCAAAAGCUGUGGCUUACCGGAUUAGAUUGGAAUGACACUCUACCUGACGACCUUAACGCGGAGUGGGUCACUUUUCGCAAUGAACUUAAGUUGGUGCCUCUGAUACAAAUUGCUCGUUGGAUAAAUAUAUCAAAUACAGCAUAUUCAUAUGAACUACACGCAUUCGCAGAUGCAUCCAUACAUGCUUAUGCGGCGGUGGUUUACUUAAAGGUCGUUUCCCAUACAUCGGUGAAUAUUCACCUAAUUAUAUCCAAAACAAGAGUUGCGCCCUUGAAGAAGGUUACAAUACCACGACUCGAACUGUGUGCAGCUGUCUUAGCUGCACAAUUGUGUGAUAAGGUACGGGCUACGUUAAACUUACAUCCUAUAUCUACCUAUUGUUGGUCCGAUUCCACCACAACCAUAUGGUGGAUACGAUCUGAUCCUGGGACGCUAAAAGAGUUUGUCUCUAAUCGUGUAAGUCAGAUUCACGCUGUGACUACUAUUAGCAAUUGGAGAUAUGUUCGAACGUCAGAUAACCCUGCUGACUGCGCUUCACGAGGAGUGAACAUGCAACAACUCAUGAGCCAUCAACUAUGGUGGCGUGGACCGGAAUGGCUGCUACGUUCCGAAGCAAGCUGGCCUCAAUCAGCUCUUAAGAAUCCAGAUACAAUAAUAGAGCGCAAGUCGGUACAAAGUGCGAUAGCGCAAACUACUCAAAUCGACUGGUUUAUCUUAGAACAAUACUCAUCGUUAGACAAGCUACUGUCUGUUACGGCCUGGUGUCUACGAUUUUCGUUGGCUGUUCGUGGCAAGCAGCAUGAAUCAUCACCAAUGUGCUUAUGGGCGGAGCGAGUAUCUGCGUUAACUUUCUGGGUAAAAUAUGUUCAAAACAUUGUCUUUAAAAAAGAUUUAUUGGCUAUUAUGAAGUAUAGCGCUGUCAACAAAUGUAGCAGUCUCUAUAAGCUACACCCUAUACUCGAUUCCGAGGGUAUUUUAAGGAUCGGUGGACGCCUGGCAAACGCAAACAUUCCAUUUUCCGAACGAUAUCCUGCUAUUCUUCCUAAGGAGAACCAUCUUACCAUUUUGAUCAUCAGACAGGCACAUCAACGAACAUUGCACGGUGGUACGCAAGCUACACUUCACUAUAUUCGUCGACAAUUUUGGACUCAAAUCAUGGGUGACUUACCUGCAGGACGCUGUAAUGUCUCACUUCCAUUCAUGCACACUGGCGUAGACUUUGCGGGCCCUUUUAACGUAAAAACAACAAAAGCAGCGCUGAAUCGAUUUGUAUCGGUACGAGGACUAUGUUCCGAUAUCUACAGCGACCAAGGAACCACGUUUGUUGGAGCGAAUGCCUUGAUGCAGCAGGAGGUGCGUGCGGUCAAAAUGCAGUUGCAAGCAGCCGUCACUUAUAGUUCAAAGGUUGGCAUAACUUGGCAUUUUAUACCUCCUGGAGCACCAAACUUUGGUGGUUUAUGGGAGGCAGGGGUUAAGAGCAUGAAGCAUCACUUGAAGCGUGUAAUUAAUCUCACUCCGUUAACCUUCGAAGAAUUUUAUACCAUUCUAAAGCAAGUGGAGGCGUGUUUGAACUCACGACCAAUCGCAGCGACAAGUGAUGACCCUCAAGAUCUAACGGCAUUGACUCCUGGUCAUUUUCUGGUUGGACGAGCAUUAACGGCGAUACCUGAACAGAACAUUCUCGAUGAAAAACUCGGAUUUCUAAAACGGUGGAAAUUACUGAAGCAGGUCCAACAAGAUUUCUGGCGAAGAUGGUCCAAUGAAUAUUUGCAACAGCUACAGGCUCGACGCAAAUGGCGUACUUCUCAGUCAAAUGUGAAAAUUGGACAGCUCAUAUUGAUUCGUGAUGAGCGAUUGCCUCCGAAGCAUUGGGCAUUAGGUCGUGUAGUUGAUACACAUGCUGGUGCAGACGGAGCUGUUCGAGUAGUUACAAUUAAAACACAAAGCACAACCCUUAAGAGGCCUAUUACCAAAAUUUCUGUAUUACCCAUUGAUGAACAGGCAAGUGUCGACAUGAGCAUGGAGGACAGUUCUGCCCAAGUAUCUACGCUUCAGACGGUGGGCGGUAAAGAAAAAUAA